AUGCCGUUGCUCUUUCAGAUGACUGUGUGUGUCGACAUCCGCGUUGUCGUCCCCGGAGCCUGGGUGGCCUUCUCUUACAGCUCAGUCCAUGCACCCAGACCUGAGCUGGGUCUGGAGGGAGACGAUGAGGCGCUGUACGGGUGGCUGCUGAGGGUCCGACACCGAUUUCCUCUCCGGCUGUCCCCAACACACUGGCACCGGGUGUGUCUGAGGAGGGACGCACUGCACAACUCCUUUAGCCUGGAGGUUAAUGGGAUAAUGGUGGCAGAGAGGACAGUCAUCGCUCACGCCAUCCCCCCCUCCGGCUCCCUGUGGCUGGGCUGUAGUCCCAGAGACCGACCCCCGGGAGCUACGCUCGGAGCAGUGGAGCUGUACCUGUUCCGCAUGUGGCCGGACCUGGCUGACCAUGGCUUCUGCGAGGACGGCACUGUGAUUGGCUGGAACGCUCAGUACUGGGGCCUGACCAGUCCCAAGGCCAGACAGAUAGACCACAACCUUCCGUGUGAUGCUUACUUUUGGAUGUCUAUAAGUGUUGAGGCCAAUGGGGGCAAUAAGAAUGAAGAGGAUGUCAAAAAACUGGUGUCAAAUGCGUUUGGUUGCCAAGGUGACAGCAAGCCUGCAAAACCAAAUUUAUGUCAGGUAGUACAGCUCAGCCACGCCAUCUCAGCGUGUAAACUGCAGCAUGCUGGAGUCUCUGCACUGCAGCAAGCUGGAGAUGAACAAAUACAAGCGAGAAUCAUAGGAGAGGUGGAGAGAGUCGGACGAGAUCUUUGUGAGGGUGUGGUGCCCUCCGAUGGCAGCUUUGUGAGGUGUACAUCCACAUCUUCCCUGGAUAAUAUCUGUCAGGGAAAUAAGCACUUAGAGCUUACAUGCUCCCUUAUAGGACCAAAUUCCAACCCAGUUCCACAGCAGAAUACAGAGUCCUGCAGCGUUUACCUAAAUACUCAAUAUCAGAGGGGUUUAGUGGUCAUAAUUCACUCAUGUGGACAAUUUGUUGUUUCCAGGUCAAUGUGCCAAGAUAUUGCAAAGUACUACCAGGGUGCUCAUCUGGAAUGCCAUGGGACACAACAGAGGUUGUACAGCUGCAUGGUGAUACUGGAGAUGUCUGGACCUGUCAGUAAUUGCUACCUGAGUAAACUUCUGCAGGAACUCAUUGACAGCAACACUGGCAUAGGAAACGAAAAGCCACUUACGCGCAUGGUGGUUUGUGGUCAUCCUGGUCUGCCUGUCCACACACUGUUAACAUCUAAUCUGACCUGGGUUGGCAGUGAUCUGCUGACCUCUGAUGUGUGCAAACCUGACCCCACUCUGCUUAAAUGUGAGGCAAAUGAGACGCUUGCUGUACUUCUGACUGACAGCUGCCCUCUCACAACCCAGCAGAGCAUAACGCAGCCUUCCACUCAGACCAGAACUCCUGAAGCAUCACCACCAUUUGUGACCAACACAACUGGGAAAACAUACACAACAGCUGAAAAUACUGCAGCACUUGAACGGACAAACGCAACACAAGGGACAGCUCAGCCUAACACAACCACUCCACUCGCAACAAUUAACAGUACACAGUCCUCGACAGCACAACCUGUCCUCCAAACCAGCCUACAAAACAAGACUGUGACUCUAUCUAACAGUAUAACAAUACAGAACACAACAUCGUUGACGCCCACUGAAGGUACACAACUGCAAAAGACAACCACAGCACACCAAAACACACCAGAAGUUAUAACAUUAUCCUCUGUCAACUCAACAUUACAAAGCACUCCAGCUGUUCAUACUGAUUCAACACUUAACACAAUUACACUGUCUCCUAAUCACACCACAGUGUAUAAUGUAACUACAGACAACAACAGGUACCUACACAACGCCACCAAAAGGAACCUGCACAAUGCUACAGCUACAACAAGUAACACAACAAUUAGCACAUUCACAGCUUCUUCCAAUCACACAGUAGUGCACAAUGUAACCGUCUCUGACAAUUAUACGACAGAGUCCAGUUUAACUGCAGUCACACUUUCUCCCAAUGACACAACACAAUACAAUGUAACAACAGCUGAGGCAUUUUCAACUUCUCCCAAUCACACAAUACUGUCUAAUGUAACAACAAGUAAUAAAUCAAUUACAACUUCUCCAAAUCACACAGUAGUAUACAAUGCAACUACAGCAACCAACAAUUACACAACAGCCACCAACAAUUACACAACAGAUUACAAUUUAACUACAGUCACACCUUCUCCCAAUGACACAACAAAGUACAAUCUAACAACAGCCGAAGCAAUUGUACACAAUGGUACAAUUACAACAGUAAACGCAACAAUGAGUAAAUUUACACCUUCUCCCAAUUACACAAUGGUGAACAAUGCAAGUACAACCACCAAUAAUUACACAGCCUCUAACAAUUACACAACAGAGUACAACGUAACUACAGUAGACAACAACAGUAAUACAACACGUAACAAAUCAAUUAGCACAAUUACAACUUCUCCAAAUCACACAGUAGUGUACAAUGCAACUACAGCAACCAACAAUUACACAACAGCCACUAACAAUUAUACAACAGAGUACAACAUAACUACAGUUGACAACAACAGUAAUACAACAUUUAAUAAAUCAAUUAGCACAAAUGGUACAAUUACAACAAGUAAACCUUCUCCCAAUUACACAGUAGUGUACAAUGUCACUACAGUUUCCAAAAAUGACACAACAGCCAUUAAUAUAACCACUACGACUGUAUCUUCAAACAAAACAGCCACAGACAAUGUAACUACUUCAUCCAUCAGGGAAACGUCACAGAUCACAACUGCUCCUUAUGAAAACAUGACAAUGUUGACUGCAUCCACAAAAAACUUAACCGUGGACAGUAUGACACCUGUUGUCCAUAACACCAGUAAACCAGUAGCUCCACCUAACAAUCAGACUGGAAAUCACACUACAGUGACAGUGACUCAGAAGAUCACAACAACCACCAACUCCACCACAGCUGCCACUGGCAUUAGUCCCAUUAUUAAUCAUAAUGAAACUGCAGGAAUCAACCUCAACCUGAGCUCAACUACAAUCAGUUUAACCGCUGACUUCAACAGAACAACGAAAGGACCAGGAGUAAAUUUAACAACUACUCCAGCUAAAGUGUCCCUUGAACAUAUAGCUACAACUCCAACCCCCACAGCUACAUCAACCAUACAUGGUCCACUUUCAGCCCAGAUUAACUUGACUACUGAAAAGGUUUCCUUGACUUCUUCUACAACAACUCUUCAAACCACCAUUUUUGCCAGCACAACCACAACAAAACCUGGUACUGGAACUACCUCCACAAACCCUGCAGAGACAACUGAAAGCCAAGAGGCACAGGAAGAACAAGCAAAUGAACUGCUGGAUCAAACACAGGAUGCGUCUCAGCUCAACUCCUCUCAGGUGGCACAGUUGGUGGGACAGUUAGAGAAGCUUCUGGAUGGCCCCACUGUUUCUCAGGCAGUGGGACAAAAGGCUAUUGAAAUAAUCAGCAACCUGAUGGAGGGUGACUCACUGGCCCUCUCUUCAUCUGCCAACAAGCUGAUUCGGACAAUAGAUGAGUUGGGUCUUAAGCUGGUUGUCACUGGUGACAGUGAGAUCAUCUCUUCUAAUUCGUUGGUUCUGGCAGUGAGGACAGUUGAUGGGAACAACUUUCCAACAACAUCUGUUAACAUUUUCAGCCCUGAUAAUGUCGAGCUCCGUACCCUCAGCAGAUCCCACUACAAGAGGCCAAACUCUGCUCUAGGGUCUGUAUUCUUGCCCUCCUCCCUCACCUCUGGUCUCAGUCCUUGGGAGCAGCACCAGGCCAACAGGGUCCAGUUCACCUUCUACACCACAUGUGCCCUAUUCCAGGAUGCAGCAUUAAAUAACCAAACCAUUGUCAGUCCAGUGUUGGGCUCCAGUGUGGCCAAUCUGUCUAUAAGCAACCUGUCUGAGAACAUUGAGUUUACCAUCCAAAACAUCAACCCCAUACAUGCAAACAACUCAGCCUCCUGUGUAUAUUGGGACUCCACUCUAAAUGAUGGUGGAGGAGGCUGGAGCUCUGCUGGCUGCUUUCUUGUCAAUGCCACACCGGAAGACACAACUUGCAGCUGCAACCAUCUUACAUCCUUUGCAAUACUGCUGGAUUUGUCCAGAGAAGAAAUAACUGACCGCAAGCAGGCACAAAUUCUUACUUUUAUCACCUACAUCGGCUGUGGAAUCUCUGCUGUUUUUCUCGCUGUCACCCUACUGACAUAUCUUUCAUUUCAAAAAUUGCUCCGGGACAUUCCUGCCAAGAUCCUGGUUCAACUCUGCAUGUCCCUCCUCCUCCUCAACCUGGUCUUCUUGCUGGAUGGCUGGCUGGCGCUUUACCCAGCGAUCGGGCUGUGUAUUAGUACUGCCUUCUUCCUGCACUAUUUCCUGCUGACAUCAUUUACCUGGGCGGGGCUUGAGGCCCUGCACAUGUACCUGAGCGUCAUCCAGGUGUUCACUCCCUACCUCAGCAGAUACAUGCUCAAGUUCUCGCUGAUGGGCUGGGGAAUUCCUCUUUUUGUGGUGAUUGUUGUGAUAUCAGUGAACAAAGACAACUAUGGCCUGGUCACAUAUGGAAAAUACACAGACGGCACUUCAGAUGACUUCUGUUGGCUGCGUAAUGACAUCGCCUUCUAUGUGGGCGUGGUGGCCUACUUCGUCCUGAUCUUUUCUUUGUGCCUGCUGGUCUUCAUCAUGGUUAUGGUCCAACUGGCCCGGAUCAAGAAGCAAAACCCCCAGAACCAGUCUCCUAACAGGGGAGUGAUGACGGAUGUGCGCAGCAUCGCUGGCCUCGUCAUCCUCCUGGGCCUGACCUGGGGGUUCGCCCUGUUCGCCUGGGGACCUCUCUACCUACCCUUUGUUUACCUUUUCUCUAUAUUCAACAGUCUGCAAGGUUUCCUUGUAUUUGUUUUUCACUGUGCUGUAAAGGAGAAUGUCCGUAGGCAGUGGAGAACCUAUCUUUGCUGCGGGAGACUGCGAUUGGCCGAAAACUCAGAAUGGAGUCGGACAGCCACCCAGAACACUAGGAAUAUGUCGGUUGGAAAAGGAACUACCUCAGCUUUCCACUUGACCUCUCGAAGCUCCUCUAUGAUCAGUGAUGGCACAAGUAGUAGCGGCUCUGUGUUUGCGGACAGUGGAAUAUCUGACGGCUCCAGCAGCGAUGUUAUCCUCAACGAGAUUCACAGACGAAAUCUGUCACUGCAAGGCGAGGCCUGACAACUGUGUCAAGUGUUUAUUUGUGAUUACAAUAAUUAUCUACCCAGACAGAGCUGAGAGGAACGGUCAGAGAUUAGUGAUCUCCUGCAGCUCGAGUAAACAGAAAAAAAACUGUUCAAAAGGAGUAGAUGCUUACAGGAAAUCCUCAGUGUUACACAACGUGAAGGUUUAAAAGGUGUAAUGAAGGACAGGCGACAGCUGGGGAGAAGUGAGACUCAAGUAUCUUGGAUCCUUUUCCACAUUGACAGUAGAAUAUAUCAACACAGAAAUAAUGCAAGAGACUGUGGGAGGUGUACAAUAGUGUGUUUCUGACUGAAAAAUUAUUUCAUUGCCACAUUUGUGACAUUGUUUUGAGCCUGCAAGACAGCUUAUGGCAUGUUAAGGAUACAAAUUUGCAUCUAAUUAGUUGCCUAGAAUGCUGUCAACUUUGUAUCGACUAUUGUGAAGAUGUUUUGCUGUCUUUUUAUGUGUAUUUCCAGUGUGUGUACAAUGCUCCACUGACUUUUGCCUCUAUAUUUUCAGUAGAGUCCUUGUCCAGAGUUUUACACUCCUCAUUUAGGGGUUAUCAGAAGGCACUAUGGGAAGGGAUUUGUUACCUUACGUAGAGAUAAAGCAGAUUGAAGUAAAAACGCCAAAUCUCAACUGCCUGAUCUUAAUACAAAAAGCAUUAAUUUAUUAGAAAUUGAUCACAUGUAUCUCCGUAAGAGUAUUUGAAGGUAUGUAUCCUUUAAUGUGAGAUACUGCUUUAUUUCGCUACAUUACAGUGUCGAUGUUAGAGAUGUUAGAACGGCAAAUACUGCACAUUAGAUCCUUUUUUAAGCAUAAAACACAUGAAGUAUGGUGAUGCAGCAUAUGGGAGCAAGGACAGAUGCUGCAAUAUGU